CAGAGCUCCUCUCUGGAUCACAUUGUCUCUCUCUCUCACUCUUCAUCUUCUUGUUCUUCAUGGAUUCUUCAAGAACUCGAACUUUAGGCAGAAGAUCUGAUCCGGUCAACUUUCCGGCGAAGACAAACACUUCAUCCCGGCGAUCUUUAUCUUCUUCCUCCUUCUCAUCCUUCUCCUCUUGCUCCUCUAGCUCCCUCGUGUUUCAAGGCGACUCUCCUUUAAAUUCUCCCGCGACUCCUCUUCGUCUCCUCGGUGUUCCAUUCUCUUGGGAACAUCUUCCAGGGAAACCCAAAGAUUACUCUCACAGACUCAACCACCUCCUAAGUAAAGAAUCUUCACUUAUACUACCCCUCCCUCCUCACCGGAGUACACAUUUUCCGGUGUCCGGAAAAAAUAAAAAACCUAACAGUUUAAGUAAGAAGAACAGCUUCCCGGUGAUUGAGAAAGAUCCAUUCGCGGCCGCGUUGUUGGAGUGUUCCAGAGACGACGUUGACGAUGAAGACGACAGGGAAGACGAGAGGUUCCGAGGAAACUCCAGUGGAUCAAGCAAGGCGCUAUCUAAGAGCAGCAUUGGCGACAGGUUUGGGUUAGUGAGUCUUUACGGUUCUUGUCGGAGAACUUGUACCGUUGCAGAGUCCAUUGUUUAUCUCCCAAGACCGAGAAAAGCUUCUUCUUAUGAUCACUGAUUCCACGCCGUCGCAUUUGGUGAAUCGGUGGUAGUCAUCUAGUGGCGCUUGAGGGAAUUGAGAAACCCAAUACGGCGAAUCCGGGUUCAAAUCCCACCGACCACACGGAUAUGAGUUAUUGCUUUCGACUCAUUUGAAUGCCUAGAAAAGAAUUUAUCCGUGGGCUGUACUUCCACCCGGGGGUUAGGCUUGUGUCAUCAUUGACCCGGGUUUAACCCUUUUAGUUAAAAAAAAAAAAAUUUCAGUUCGGUGGAAGUAACCAAGACUGAAGGUUCUGCGAUCUCUCUAGCUAGUUUCCAAUCCCAUCCCAUGUGAGAGCAAGCUAAGCUAUAUGUGCAAGUACAUACAAAAUAACAUUGAUUAAUUUGUUAUAUAUGCUUCUAGACGUGGACGAGUUUGUACGCACUGAUCUUUUAUUUUGUUGUUUUUCACCAUUUAGAAACUGCUGAUAGUUUAGCGUGCUGGUGAAUUGAGUUGUAUUAUAUAUUUAGUAAUGAUAAUUCUCUAGUUUGUUUUUUC